AUGACUCUUGAGAACUCCAACACACUCGAAGCAAAGGUCAAUGCCGAGGUCGUGGACAAUCCUGAAAAUGCCAGAGAUUCAACCAACGUGAUCAAGUCUGCCACUCCUGGAUACUCCAAAAUCGGGCAAUCUGUUAUUGCACACAUCCGCGGGACAAGACUGCGCUCUAGGGAGCAUUGA